AUGUCUUCUGGAAAGUAUGUCAAGUGGGACGAGCCCAAGGUCGAGCACGGCGCUGGACCUGAAGAGGAUGCCCUGAUCCACGAGAUCGAGCAGCAAAUUAAUACCUGCCAGAAUGCAGUCUGGGCCGAGUCCCGCCACGCUUACAGCGGCACUCACGUCAAGUCGCACGCCUUCCUCAAGGGCGAAUUCGAGAUCCUGUCCGGCCUCCCCACCGAGCUGGCACAGGGCAUGUUCGCCAAGCCGGGCAAGCACAACGCAGCCAUGCGCUUCUCCACCGAAACGACGGCAAUGAUCGACGACCGUGUUCGCCAGCCUCGCGGUAUCGGACUCAAGGUCUUCGAAGUCGAGGGCGAAAAGUUGCGCAACGAUGGCGUCGAUCCAAAGACGCAAGACUUCGAGUUCAACUCGUGUCCCGUCCUUGAGCUGGCCAACGCAAGGACCUGCCGCGAUAUCAUUGCGCUCAGGCUGAAGCAUGGGGGCUGCCCUGCUGACCUGGAUGGGGCACUCAAGAAGCGCGACGACUAUGAGGUCCAGGACGGGCGUAACCAUAUCCCCGCCGUGAACCUGCUGGGCCAGCGCCAGUACGGCCAGGCGGCUUUCAGGUGGGGAGACUACGUGGCCAAGUACGCCUUGAUUCCUUCGCCGAGCCAGGUGAGCGACAAGGAGCUCUCGGACAAGGACAGUGGGCACGCAUUCAGCGAGCAGUUGCGCAAUCACUUUGCCAAGAAUGGCGCCGAGUGGGACUUCCAAGUCCAGCUCUUGGAACGCUCCUUCUUCGAGAAAGAGCCCGAGUGCGUUGAAGACGCCCGCAUCAACUGGCCGCAAAAGGAGUACCCCUUCGUCACCGUAGCCAAGCUUCGCAUCCCCGCGCAAGAGAGCAUGAUGCCCGCUCGCCGCGUCUUCUGGGAGGAUCGUCUGCGUCUCAAUCCUUGGGAUGGCCUCAAGGUCCACUUGCCCCUUGGUAGCAUCAAUCGAGUCAGGAAGGGAGUCUACAGAGCCUCAGCUGUUCACCGUAGGAAGUUGAACGCGACUUUCGCGGUGGACUGCACGAGUAUUGACGACAUCCCUGAUGAGAAGCCGAUUGAUGAGGAACUCAAGAAGGCGGGCGUGCCUAUUAUGGCUUGAGCUUGGCGGCGAGGGGCCAAUGAUUAUCAUCUUCUCUUUUGCGCUUCGUGACGACCUGAAAUGUAUCAUCAUGCGUGUCUGUCAUUAGUGAUCUGCUUGCAGUGUUUC